AUGGACAACGGCAAACGUAAGCGCAAAACUAUAACAAUCGAGCAGAAGUCGGCAAUGCUGAAAGCCGUUGAAUCCGGCGUCAAGAAAAAAAAAGUGGGCGAAGAUUUCGGCGUAUCGUUGAGCACGCUGUCGACGAUCUUAAGCAAGAGAGAAGCUAUUACCGGCGCUGUUGCACGUGGCGUCAAAGGCGACCGAAUGAAGCUGCGAGCCCCCGCCUUCGAAGCUGUCGAGAAGGCGGUGUUCAACUGGUUUUUAGAAAUCAGAGCAAGCGGCACUCCUGUGAGCGGGGCACUUCUGCAGCAGAAGGCAAGGAGCUUCGCGUGCAUCAUGGGGCACGAUGAUUUUGUGGCGAGUGACGGCUGGCUGGAUUUGUUCAACGCAGAUGAGACUGCCCUGUUCUAUCAGAUGUUGCCGCAAAAAACCUUGGCCCUCAAAGGUGACCGCUGCCAGGGCGGUAAGCAGAGCAAGGUCCGUGUGACCGUGCUACUUUGUGCGAAUAUGGACGGGUCCGAAAAGGUGCCGGCCCUCGUGAUCGGCAAAAGUGCAUCACCACGAUGCUUCAAAGGAAAGCGGAAACUCCAAGUGAGUUAUGUGUCCAACCGCAAGGCCUGGAUGACAAGAGAGAUCUUCGCACAAUGGCUGCGUGAGUGGGACGAGCGGCUGGGCAAGCAGAACCGCAAGAUAUGCCUCGUCCUGGAUAACUGCGCGGCCCACCACACUACCGUUGUGCUUAAAAACAUUGAACUGUGCUUUUUGCCGCCUAACACUACUGCGGUUGUGCAACCCCUCGAUCAAGGUGUGAUCAUGAACUUUAAGUCGGGCUACCGCAAGCGUGUCAUCGACCGAAUUUUGCUCAAUAUGAGCAUGAAGCGCGAGACAACGAUCGACCUGUACAUGGCGAUCGAGAUGUUACAAGCUGCCUGGAUGGCCGUCACUGCAAGCACGAUCGCCAACUGCUUCCGGCAUGCCUCAUUUGGCGUCAGCAGCGGAGAGCCCAGCGAAGAUCUCGGUGAUGUCGCCAGUGAGGGUGCCGCGGGCGACCAGGCCCAGACGUCGUGGGACGCUCUCCUUGACGCCGGCGUUGUGCCUGACUGCGACACAUUCUGCACGUACAGCGGUGAGCACUGUUAG